UCCCUUUGCAUGGCUGGCGUACAUGCAGGAGUGGUAUCUAAUGUUCUUGGAGGUCAAAUCAAUGUUGUAAUCAGCAAAGGUAUUCCAUACUAUGAAAGCUCUCUGGCUAACAACGUUACAUCAAAAGUAGGCCCUCUGUCUUCAGGUCUCUUCACUUUUAAAACCAGUGGUUGUUAUGGGACACUUGGAAUGGAGUCUGGAGUAAUUGCUGAUUCACAAAUUAAUGCAUCCUCAUUUUUAGAAUGGCCUGAGCAACUGGGUCAACCAAGCACUUGGAACCCAGAAAGAGCCAGGUUGAAAAGGCCUGGACAUUCUUGGGCAGCUUUUACUAAUGAUGAAUAUCAGUGGUUACAAAUAGAUCUAAACAAAGAACAACGAAUAACAGGUAA